AUUAGGGUUAAAACCCAUAGAGAUACCCUAGCCCAAAUCCUAUCAGCUCGUCGCUCGUUCGUUCCAAGACCCGGCGACGAUGAGUACCAUGAAAUUUUGCCGCGAAUGUAAUAACAUUUUGUACCCUAAGGAAGACAAGGAGCAGAAGAUACUGCUCUACGCAUGCCGUAAUUGUGAUCAUCAGGAAGCUGCAGAUAACAACUGUGUUUACAGAAACGAGGUGCAUCACUCUGUAAGUGAACGAACUCAGAUUAUCUCAGAUGUGGCUGCAGACCCGACUCUUCCUCGCACCAAGGCUGUGCGCUGUGCCAAGUGUAAACAUGGAGAGGCAGUCUUCUUCCAGGCUACGGCCAGAGGGGAAGAAGGAAUGACGCUGUUCUUCGUCUGCUGCAACCCCAAUUGUAACCACCGUUGGAGGGAAUAGAGUUUUGUUCCUUCCUCAUCGUGUGUGUUCAGACAUUGACCUCCUUCCUCCGUAACGAGUUGAUGUGGACCGUUGGCCUACUUGCUAGUGACAAAGUCUCAAUGACAAUUUAUCUAAUUUUCCACAUGUCGAUAAUUCCAGCAUCUCUCGCUCAACUAUGGGUGGCCAUUUCGGUUUUCGGUUAGGAUUCGGUUUGAUUAUAUUCGAGUUCGAUUAUUUCGUUUACAGAAAAACUAUAUCCAUUCGAUUUUUCUAUAAACUUCGGUUCGUUUCACUUCAA